GUUUACUUAACACCAUUUUCCUUCCUUUUGAUUUUUUGUUGUUAUUAUUUUAUAUUUGUAUUUCUUUCUCAGAAAUGCAGAAAUGAGAAUGUCUUAGCAUGUUGAUAUAUUAUUUGUAAAUGUAAGUGUUUAGACGAUGUGCUAUGUACAAGUCUUGAAUAAAGUGUCUGUUUCUGUCUGUCAACAAAAAGGUUAGACAUCGAUCACAUAUCAAAUACAUUUAUGUUUGCAGUUAAUCUUCAUCAUAUAAAACAACUCAAAAUGGGAAUAACUUGUUUGCACCUUUCAUGAAUAUGCAUAUCUGUAUUAUUUUUGUAAAAAAAAAAAGAAAUUGUAUUACUUCUUAUCUUAAAACUGACAAAAUGCUGAAUCAUUUACAUGUGUUCAUUAUUAGAAAAGUGUGCACAGACAGGUGAUUGGAGGCGGGCUACAGUGCAAAAGGAACCUCUCACCCAAACGUCACGUCAUUGGCGUCCACAGCCUGUUCGUAUUCUACAGUCCGAGGCGUGCGGGGACAGGCGAUUGGAGACAGGACCUCUUGCCCAGUCAUCACGUUCCUGUCGUCCACGUCGCUGCUGUUGAUUUCUGGUAGAAGUAGACUUCCUGAUCUUGUAUUCCACGGUCCCAGGAUAUGGGUCCAAAAAAGAGACCUUCACUUGUGAGCAGCCCUGCCCAAUCAGAGGCAAAGAAAAUUUCAAAGAAAUAUCUCGGAAACCGAAUGAGUCCUGGGAAAAAACAGCGAGUGAGAAGGGCUCUGUACAGUCUGACUGUAAGUAAAGAUGUGUCGUUGCGGAAAGCUGCGUUGGAUGAUGAUCUGUCUUAUUCAAUGUUAUACAGACGAUGGAAAGGAGAAGUUGACAUUUUCAAAUUAAAUGGACCUAGCUCAAUUUUUAAUGAAGCUGAAGAAGAGAAAAUGGCGAGAUGGCUAAGUGAGAUGGCACAGAGAGGGAUGGGCCUUCGAAUGGUUGAAUUUCUGGACUUUGUGGAAAGUGUUGUAAAAAAAGAGAAGCGAAAAACUCCCUUCAAAGAUGGAAGACCCGGCAAAACCUGGUAUUACGCAUUUAUGCGUAGAAAUGCCCACAUUAUUAGUUCACGCAUUGAGACACCGUUAGAACUAAAAAGAUCUAAACUAACGAAGGAAAAAACGGAUUUGUGGUACAACAGUUUUAGAGACUUUCUCAUAGAUAAGAACUUGAUUGAUAAACCAAGUAGAAUAUGGAACGCUGAUGAGACAGGAUUCAACAUGGGAAGCAACAAGUCAAAAGUAAUUGGACCUGCGAAAAGAGAUCUGUCUGUACCACACAUAACCAGUGGGAAACAGCGCUUGACUGUGAUGUUCUGUGGAAGUGCAACAGGUCAAAUGAUGCCACCCUUUUUGGUUUACCCAGAGCCAAAACCAAGAGGAUACAAUCCAUUAAAUGGAUCAAUAGAAGGGAGUGACAUUGCAUUCACAAAAAAGGGAUGGAUGGAUGUAGAUACCUUUUCAAAAUUCAUUGACCACUUUGAUAAGUUUGCGGGAACUGACCGUCCAGUGGUGUUAUUAAUGGACAGUGUAAGCAGCCAUGUGGAUCAUUCAGUUUUCAUGAAAGCAAUAGCCAGGGGCAUUGAGCUGUACCGUUUGGUUCCAAAUGCAACACACCUGAUGCAACCCCUGGAUAAGGGAGUAUUUGGACCAUUAAAGUCAAGAUGGCACAUGGUAUCCAGGAAGUACAUGAGAGAAAAUCCAGGAAAAUGUAUUGGCAAAGAGGUUUUCGCGCAGAAAUUGACAGAGGCCUACCUUCAGUUCUACAAACCUAUUACAGUAAUAAACUCAUUUAAAUCCUCUGGCAUAUAUCCAGUUGAUAGCUCUGUCAUCACAAGCGAAAUGCUGAAACCGGCAUUGACCUUCUCCGGUCCAGAAUCUGUGGCAGACCAACAUGCUGCCACUGAAGACAGUCAAGUUUCAGCAGAAGUGACAAAAGCAAAAGGAGCACUAGAAGUCUUUGAAGAAACACUUUCUACACCGUCUCGUGACCGUUACAGGAAAAGAAUACAAGAAGGUUAUAAUACUGUAGGGUAGUCUCCAUGCUUUGAUGUUUACCAAAAGAUUUAUCACAAAGCAAACCCAACAUUGGAAACAUCAACAUCUACCUUAGAAGAACAGAGUUCCCACUUAACUGGAUUGGAUAUAUUGGCACAUGCAGUUGUAACUGUGACUACUGCUAGUGUAGCAACAAGUCAACCAUCACAAAUCAACGAAGAAAAAUGGACAGAAAAUUCAACUGUUGAUAUGGUUAUAUCACCAGUUUUGACCGAGUCCCUGAGUUUUCCAAAGGAUACUGAGGCUGCAAAGCCAAUGAAACAGACAAUGUUAAACAGUUUACCAGACAAUCUUACAUCACCUGAAUGUAUUAGAAAAAUGUCCUUAAAACAGCUUGAAAAAGUCAGAAGCUUCGCCCAAAAAGUACAAAGAGCUAAACUUUCUUUUUUCAAGAAAAAGAAUACAAGCACAAAACCAGAAAAAAAGAGGAAACAACCAGAGCCAAAUUCAGAAAUAGGGAAAAGGCCUAUAAUCAAAAAGCUAAACACUUCACACCAAAAGGACAAAGUGCCUAUGGACAAAAAUGACAAUGACAGUCCCAACGCAUUUUGUAAAGCAUGCCAUAUGACUUGGGAAGAAGACCAAGAACUGGGUCUGGAACGUGUGUGGGUUCAGUGCGACAAGUGUGAUGGCUGGGUUCAUUCUGAGUGUUUAUCAUACUCAUUGGAAGAAGACGAGCCUUUCUUUUGUCCUGAUUGCCUGUAGAUAGAAAUUUAUUUAAUCAGGUCUGAAUAUUAUGGUUGAUGAAUAUUUGUAUUGUACAUGCCACAUGAAAGUCGUUCAUUAGAUGACAUUUUAAGCCAUCUCAAUAACUUUUAAAACUUACUUGGUGUCUUUCGUAAGAAUGCUCCCACAGGGGGGAUCAAACACGUGUCAUAAGCACAUAGUAACAAAAAUAAAUUACUUGUAACUAUUACAUGCAUUGUUUAUGCCCCCAAAGGUGGGCAUAUAGUGAUCGCAUUUCCGUCUGUCUUUCUGUCAGUCUGUCUGUCCGUCACACUUGCGUUUAGUUUUCGAAAAAAGCUCAUAACUGUUAUGUAUCUUCAGAUGUAACCUUGAUAUUCGGUAUGCAUGUGUAUAUGGACAAUGCUUUUCCAUACGCACACAUUUUGACCCCUUUGACCUUGAACUUAAGGUUCGCGUUUAGGUUUCAAAAUCUGCAUUUAGGUUUAGAAAAAGCGUUUUUCUGGGCAUAUGUCUAACUAUGGAGACAGCUCUUGUUCAUUUGUAUGUAUGUUAUCUUCAUUUAAUCAGUAGUUAGAAUUCUUUCA